AGUAAUCGCUGUUGAUAUCGAUGCUAAAAAAUUAUAAUUUGCCAAAAGAAACGCAGAGAUUUAUGGGGUCAGGGAUAAAAUUACAGGGAGAUUUCUUCGACAUUGCCGAAACGUUAAAAAAAUAUAAGCCACAGGUCAUAGUGACGUCUCCCCAAUGGGGCGACCCUUCGCAUAAGAAACACGAAGUUUACAGUCUCCAGAAACAAAUGUGUAAAGACUACGAAGGAGGCGGUAGAAAACUCUUCGACCUGCUGAGAAGUAUUGCACCCAACGUAGCACUGCACAUACCUAAAACUACAGGUCGAAACGAGUUGAUACAAUUUGGAAAAUUAUUCGACCUCAACAGGGAAACUCCACACAAACAUAUCGACGAAAGACACGAUUCUAUUACUACAUUUUUUAGCAGAUUUUUCAACAUGAACACGAAAUUCUUAUCAAACGACAACAAAUUUUAUACGAACAAAAAACAUCUCAAGUAUUCAAAAUGUGCUGAUUACUAUUACUGUUAAAUUAUAAUUCAACCAAUUUUGCUAAUAAUUCACAUUAUAUCGAUAAAGACGCAUUUCCACAUUUUUAAUAUUUAUAAACUUACCACUUUAGACAUACCACCGACUAUUGAAAUUAUAUGAAUACUUUAAAACUCUUUUAUUUUUGCUACAACUUG